CCGCCCGCGCUGCCGCCCGGCGCCGGCGGUCGUUGCGGCUGGUGGGCAGCGCCGGGGGUCGGGGUGUGUACGUCGUUCACCGUGCCCCCUUCCGAGAAGCCGCCUGGGGGGCGCCGGUAGCGUCCCGCCGCCGGCGGGGUGCGGCCCUGCCCGGGGGCCUGCCAUGGACCUCUUUGGGGACCUGCGGCGCAUGAACAAGCGACAGCUGUAUUACCAAGUCUUGAAUUUUGCCAUGAUCGUGUCUUCUGCCCUUAUGAUAUGGAAAGGGCUGAUCGUCGUUACUGGCAGCGAAAGCCCUAUUGUGGUGGUGCUCAGUGGCAGCAUGGAACCAGCUUUUCACAGAGGAGACCUGCUGUUCUUAACAAAUUUCCAUGAUGACCCGAUCAGAGCUGGUGAAAUAGUUGUUUUUAAAGUUGAAGGCAGAGACAUUCCAAUAGUUCACAGAGUAAUCAAAAUCCAUGAAAAGGAAAAUGGAAACAUCAAAUUUCUGACUAAAGGUGAUAAUAAUGAAGUUGAUGAUAGAGGCUUGUACAAAGAAGGUCAAAACUGGUUAGAGAAGAAAGAUGUUGUUGGAAGAGCAAGAGGGUUUUUGCCUUAUGUUGGCAUGGUAACUAUAAUAAUGAAUGACUACCCCAAAUUUAAGUAUGCUCUGCUGGCAGUCAUGGGAGCCUACGUUCUGCUGAAGCGGGAGUCCUAAGGCCAGCCCCUUUGCUGGCAGCAGGGGACAGAAAGUUAAAGAAACCUAAUAUAUUUCAGAUGCUUUCAUUGCUGAGCACAGAUACAAAACUGCAAGCUUUCCAACUGUCUAAAUUGUACAAGUAACAAAUAAAGCUUUUUGGCCGAUGGUUAACCGUGUAACGGCAUAUUUACGUGAUGUGCUGCUUUCAGUUUGCCUUCUGCUUGUUGGGAAGACACUACCCUGUGUGAAAACGGCUUGUGGUGCCCCUUGACAUGCUGUGGUGGUUUUUCUUCAGUGCUGCUGCGUCUCAACCUGGUUUCCCUCCUGCUGGUUAAUUUUUGUGCUUAAUUACCUUCAGCAUCCGUCAGCGCCCUUUCUAUUCGUGCCCGUGCCAACUGUUUUUUUGCCAGCACUUGUAAGGACACAUUUCUGGGUUGGAACAGGUAGUGAGCUGUAGGGGCUCAGUCAGACUUGGGCCUCAAGACAGUUGUGUAGACAGCUGACAAGAACAGACAAAGAGGAGUCUUUCCAAUUAGGAACUGAGAGAUGGACACUUGGAGAUUUUGCCCUGAAUUUGAAGCUUGCUCCUUUGUGGUGUGACAAAACCCAGCAAUGGUCUGAUUCUGAGAGGCCUGGCUUUCAGGGAAUCUGUAUGCUC